ACUCAAUUUCAUUUCAUUCAUUUCAUCUGUAACUAAAGUUGUGGUAUUUUUUGUAGAAACGAAGAAAAUACAUUAAUUUUACAAGAAUAUUACGUUUUGCGUUAAUUUUUAGGGCUGUGGUUUAAUUUUUAAGCGAUAAUGGCAGAUUUUCUUGAGUCUGAGGCCGAGGAAAGUGAUGUCGACUCUGAAGACGAGGGACCAACUGAACGUAAAAAACCGAAGCGCAAAGCAGCGGUUCAAAGUGACGAUGAGGAUGAAGAUGAAGAAGAUGACGAGGAUAGGCUUCGAGAGGAGUUGAAAGAUUUGAUAGAUGACGCCCCUAUAGAGGAGUCUGGCAGUGAUGGAGAGGAUUCAGAUGCAAGUGCAGGACCUAAAAAAAGAAAGAAAAGUGAUGAUGAGUUGGAUGAUCGAUUAGAAGAUGAAGAUUAUGAUCUCAUUGAGGAGAAUUUAGGUGUAAAAGUUGCCAGGAACAAAUUCAAACGUCUUCGCCGCUUAGAGGAUGAUGACAGCGACAAUGAGGGAGCUGAUGACCCAGAAUUGGAGAGGGAGGUCAUUGCUGAGAAACUGUUUGUGGGUGGCUCUGAUGAUGAAGACGAGAAUCGUUCAGAGCCUGCUCCAGUACGGGGAGAAGUGGAGUACGAUGAUGAGAAUGAGGAUAUGGAGUCUGACGCCGACGACUUCAUUGUUGAUGACGACGGCCGUCCAAUUGCUGAGCGGAAGAAGAAACGCAGGCCUAUAUUUACAGACGCGUCACUACAAGAGGGUCAAGAUAUAUUCGGCGUGGACUUCGAUUACGACGAGUUUGAGAAGUAUGGCGAGGAAGAUUAUGAGGAUGAAGAUGAGGAAGAUCUUGAUGAAUACAUCGAGGAUGAGGAUGAAGAAGGUCAAGCGCGGAGAGCAAAGAAGGGCAAGGCCAAACGGCCCAGCAAGAAGUCCAUAUUUGAGAUAUACGAGCCUAGUGAGCUCAAAAGAAGUCAUUUUACGGAUUUGGACAAUGAGAUACGUAAAACAGACGUGCCCGAGCGCAUGCAAAUAAGGGAGGUGCCCAUCACGGCUGUAGAAGAAGGCAGCACGGAGUUGGCGGAUGAAGCUGAAUGGAUCUACAAACAGGCAUUCCUCAAGCCUCCGGUGUCCAAGGCUGACUCGCAGGAGGCCAGGGAGAGGUCGCGCAGAACGUCGAGUACUAUCACGAAGAUCCGUCAAGCGCUGGACUUCAUGCGGAACCAGACACUGGAGGUGCCGUUCAUAGCAUUCUACCGCAAGGAGUACGUUCAACCGGAACUCAACAUCAACGAUCUGUGGAAGGUCUACAAGUAUGAUGCUAAGUGGUGCCAACUGAAACAGCGCAAAGAGAAUCUUCUAAAACUCUUGGAGAACAUGAGGGACUUCCAACUGGAUAAGGUGAUGCAAAACCCGGACGCGCCCAUCCCAGAAAAUAUGAGGCUCAUAAAGGAUGAAGAUAUUGAAAGGCUGAAGAAUGUCCAAACACCGGAAGAGCUUCGCGACGUGCACACUCAUUUCCUGCUGUAUUAUUCUGGCGAUCUGCCCGAAAUGCAGAAGGUGCAAAGAGCAAAGGAGAAGAAGAAAGAGCUGGAGGAAAAGAAGAAAAUGGCGCGCGAGGAAGCGGAAAAGAACGGUGAAGAUCCUGAAGAAGCCGCCGCCGAGGUCGAAGCCCGGGCUACGGAGGAAGAGGAGCCGACUGACGUCAAAUAUGCCGUGAGGUCCGGCCGAUACGAACUUUGUAGGAAAGCGGGUAUUGAGCCACUCGUGAAGAAGUUCGGCCUGACGCCCGAACAGUUCGCGGAGAACGUUCGGGACAACUACCAGAGGCACGAGGUGGAGCAGCAGCCAGUUCCGCCGCUUGAGGCCGCCGCUGAAUAUAUGAGUAAAACCGGUUCAGCGGAAGAGGUGCUAAGGCGUGCGGUGUACAUGUGCGGCGUGCAGUUAGCGCACGAGCCCCUGCUGCGGGCCACGCUGCGGGACGCGCUGCGGGAGCGCGCCACCGUCAGCGUGAGGCCCAGCGCCAGGGGCAGCAAGGAGAUCGACGAGAACCACGCCUGCUACAGGUAUCUAUGUUAUGACGCGCUGCGGGAGCGGGCCACCGUCAGCGUGAGGCCCAGCGCCAGGGGCAGCAAGGAGAUCGACGAGAACCACGCCUGCUACAGGUAUCUAUGUUAUGACGCGCUGCGGGAGCGGGCCACCGUCAGCGUGAGGCCCAGCGCCAGGGGCAGCAAGGAGAUCGACGAGAACCACGCCUGCUACAGGUAUCUAUGUUAUGACGCGCUGCGGGAGCGGGCCACCGUCAGCGUGAGGCCCAGCGCCAGGGGCAGCAAGGAGAUCGACGAGAACCACGCCUGCUACAGGUAUCUAUGUUAUGACGCGCUGCGGGAGCGGGCCACCGUCAGCGUGAGGCCCAGCGCCAGGGGCAGCAAGGAGAUCGACGAGAACCACGCCUGCUACAGGUAUCUAUGUUAUGACGCGCUGCGGGAGCGGGCCACCGUCAGCGUGAGGCCCAGCGCCAGGGGCAGCAAGGAGAUCGACGAGAACCACGCCUGCUACAGGUAUCUAUGUUAUGACGCGCUGCGGGAGCGCGCCACCGUCAGCGUGAGGCCCAGCGCCAGGGGCAGCAAGGAGAUCGACGAGAACCACGCCUGCUACAGGUAUCUAUGUUAUGACGCGCUGCGGGAGCGGGCCACCGUCAGCGUGAGGCCCAGCGCCAGGGGCAGCAAGGAGAUCGACGAGAACCACGCCUGCUACAGGUAUCUAUGUUAUGACGCGCUGCGGGAGCGGGCCACCGUCAGCGUGAGGCCCAGCGCCAGGGGCAGCAAGGAGAUCGACGAGAACCACGCCUGCUACAGGUAUCUAUGUUAUGACGCGCUGCGGGAGCGGGCCACCGUCAGCGUGAGGCCCAGCGCCAGGGGCAGCAAGGAGAUCGACGAGAACCACGCCUGCUACAGGUAUCUAUGUUAUGACGCGCUGCGGGAGCGGGCCACCGUCAGCGUGAGGCCCAGCGCCAGGGGCAGCAAGGAGAUCGACGAGAACCACGCCUGCUACAGGUAUCUAUGUUAUGACGCGCUGCGGGAGCGGGCCACCGUCAGCGUGAGGCCCAGCGCCAGGGGCAGCAAGGAGAUCGACGAGAACCACGCCUGCUACAGGUAUCUAUGUUAUGACGCGCUGCGGGAGCGCGCCACCGUCAGCGUGAGGCCCAGCGCCAGGGGCAGCAAGGAGAUCGACGAGAACCACGCCUGCUACAGGUAUCUAUGUUAUGACGCGCUGCGGGAGCGGGCCACCGUCAGCGUGAGGCCCAGCGCCAGGGGCAGCAAGGAGAUCGACGAGAACCACGCCUGCUACAGGUAUCUAUGUUAUGACGCGCUGCGGGAGCGGGCCACCGUCAGCGUGAGGCCCAGCGCCAGGGGCAGCAAGGAGAUCGACGAGAACCACGCCUGCUACAGGUAUCUAUGUUAUGACGCGCUGCGGGAGCGCGCCACCGUCAGCGUGAGGCCCAGCGCCAGGGGCAGCAAGGAGAUCGACGAGAACCACGCCUGCUACAGGUAUCUAUGUUAUGACGCGCUGCGGGAGCGGGCCACCGUCAGCGUGAGGCCCACCGCCAGGGGCAGCAAGGAGAUCGACGAGAACCACGCCUGCUACAGGUAUCUAUGUUAUGACGCGCUGCGGGAGCGGGCCACCGUCAGCGUGAGGCCCAGCGCCAGGGGCAGCAAGGAGAUCGACGAGAACCACGCCUGCUACAGGUAUCUAUGUUAUGACGCGCUGCGGGAGCGCGCCACCGUCAGCGUGAGGCCCAGCGCCAGGGGCAGCAAGGAGAUCGACGAGAACCACGCCUGCUACAGUCUAAAAUACCUAAAGAAGAAGCCGGUUCGCGACCUCACCGGCGACCAGUAUCUGAAGCUGACGAUGGCGGUGGAAGACAAGUUGUUGGAGAUGAGCAUCAGUGAGCACAUCGAAGGCAACACCUCGCCCAGCUAUCUGGAGGAGCUCAAGCAAUUGUACCAGAAGGACGAAUUCGCGUCUACAGUGCAGGCGUGGAACGAGUUGAGAGCAGAAGCAGUGACCAUAGCGUUGACAAAGUUUGUGAUGCCCGAGCUGAGGAGGGAACUGAAUGCUGUGCUGUUACAGGAGUCCAAGGAAUAUGUGCUCAAAUGCUGCCGGCGAAAGCUGUAUGAUUGGCUCAAGGUAGCGCCCUACGAGUCACGCGUUUCCGACGAUGACGACGAAGAGUGGGACGCUUCAAAUGGUCUGCGCGUGCUGUCGAUUGCUUACGUCCCAGAUCGGCAGCACUCGGCGUUCGCGUGCCUCGUAGCCGGCGGCGGCGAGGUGGCCGACCACCUGCGGCUGCCCCACUUGCUGUACCGCAGGAACGCCUGGGAUCCCCUGGAGAGGCAGAAUAAGGAGGCUGAUGUCACUGCUCUUAGGAGGUUCAUCCUCCGAAAGAAACCGCACGUGAUCGUGAUCGGCGGCGAGUCGCGCGAGUCGCUGAACAUAAAGGCGGACGUGUCCGAGUGCGUGCAGCAGCUGGUGGAGGACGAGCAGUUCCCGCGCAUCCCCAUCGAGAUCGCGGACAACCACAUCAGCAAGAUAUACAGCAACAGCAUCAGGGGCAGGAAUGACUUCAGAGAGUACCCCGACAUACUACGCCAAGCCAUUUGCCAGGGGCGCCUACUCCAAGACCCUCUCAUGGAAAUCUCCCAGCUGUGCGGGCCCGACGAAGAAAUCCUGUGCUUCCGAUACCACACUCUCCAAGACCAAAUAGCUAAGGAAGACCUCCUCGAAGGCAUUGAGCUGGAAUUCGUGAACAGAGUUAACGAAGUCGGCGUUGAUAUGAACGAAGCUAUACUAACUGGACGCGGGACGGAAUUGCUGCAGUUUGUCUGUGGUCUAGGUCCAAGAAAAGCCCAAGCGUUGAUAAAACUCUUCAAACAAACCAAUCAGAAAUUAGAAAAUAGAACACAGUUAGUCACAGUCUGUCACAUGGGUCCUAAAGUCUUCAUCAACUGCUCAGGAUUCAUCAAAAUUGACACUAGCAGUCUUGGAGAUAGCACUGAAGCGUAUAUCGAAGUUCUAGACGGUUCGAGAGUCCAUCCUGAGACUUACGAAUGGGCAAGGAAAAUGGCUGUAGAUGCUUUAGAAUAUGAAGAUGAAGAUGCGAACCCAGCUGGUGCAGUAGAGGAGAUCCUUGAGGCUCCGGAGAGAUUAAAAGAUUUGGAUCUAGAUGCUUUCGCUGAAGAACUAGAGCGACAAGGCUUUGGCAAUAAAUGCAUUACGCUGUAUGAUAUUCGAGCGGAAUUGAACUCUAGAUAUAAAGACCUUAGAGUGUCUUAUCGCUCGCCCACGCCAGAAGAAUUGUUCGAUAUUCUUACCAAAGAGUCUCCGGAGACGUUUUACGUGGGGAAGAUGGUGUUGGCCACAGUGGUGGGGAUUACGCACAGGAAGCCGCAGAGAGAGAUGUUGGAUCAGGCCAAUCCUGUGAGGAACGACGAGACUGGACUGUGGGAGUGCCCAUUCUGUCACAAGAAUGAUUUCCCUGAAUUAUCUGAGGUAUGGAACCACUUCGACGCGGGCGCGUGUCCGGGGCAGGCCACGGGGGUCCGCAUCCGACUGGACAACGGGCUUUCGGGGUACAUACACAUCAAGAACCUGUCCGACAGACACGUCACCGACCCCACGGAGCGGGUCAGAAUAGGACAGACCGUGCACUGUAGGAUAUUGAAGAUCGAUGUGGAGAGGUUUUCGGUGGAUUGUUCGUCGAAGUCCUCCGAUUUGCUCGAUAAGAAUAAAGAGUGGAGACCUCCAAAAGACCCGUACUACGACCAAGAAUCAGAAGACAAGGACGUCCGCAAAGACGCCGAGGCGAAACAAACGAAAGAACGGAUGCAGUACGUGAAACGGGUGAUCGUGCACCCGGCCUUCCACAACAUAUCCUUCGCCGAGGCGGAGAAACUGAUGGAGAAUAUGGUGCAGGGGGAGGUCAUUGUACGCCCGAGCAGUAAGGGUUCCGACCACUUAACAGUGACGUGGAAGGUGGCCGACGGCAUCUGUCAACACAUCGACGUGCGGGAAGAGGGGAAAGAGAACGCCUUCUCUCUAGGUCGAAGUCUCUGGAUACAGGGUUCAGAAUUUGAAGACCUGGAUGAAAUUAUCGCUCGUCACGUGACCCCGAUGGCGGGACACGCGCGGGACCUCAUCGCCUACAAAUAUUACAAACCGCUCGGCGGUAUGCGGGACAAGGCCGAGGAGUGGCUCAAGGAAGAGAAAGCGAAAAACCCAAACAAAAUACACUACGUCAUUUCCGCGGCCAAAAACCAUCCAGGGAGAUUCCUGCUCUCCUACCUUCCGCGCAGUCGGUGUACCCACGAAUACGUCUCAGUGAUGCCAGACGGGUACAAGUUCAGGCAGAGAAUGUUCGACUCUCUCGGCGGACUACUCAAAUGGUUCAAGGAGCAUUUCCGAGAUCCACCUCCGAGCGGCACUCCUGUUCAAAGGACGCCAGCAUUGAGGACACCUCACGGCGGGAUGACGUCGACAAUGUACCACACCCCGGCCGCCCACACGCCCGCAUUCCAUACGCCCGCGCACACGCCCGGACCCAACUACAUCAACACUCCUUACACGCCUUCCGCGCAAACUCCAUACAUGACUCCCUUCGCGACCACUCCCCGACAACCGGACUUCCUCACCCCCACCCCGCGCCUCGGCCCCGCGCACCCGGCGCAGCACCGCGCGCCGCCCAUGCCGAUCCCCGCGUACGCAGACCCCUCGGACUGGCAGAAGGCUGCGGAGGACUGGGUGCGGCACCGCUCCGUGCGCGACACCCCCGCCACCGACAUCUCCACCCCGCGCCAGUCGGGCCGCACGCCGCGCUCCACCCCCCGCCGGGACGUGCGCACCACCCCCCACACCCCCCACACCCCUCACACGCCUCACACCCCCCACACCCCUCACGGCUCCGGCCGGGCGUCCCGCGCACAUUCUGUACGCUCCACUCCUCACACGAACACGUCCCCCAGAUCCAUGUCCCUGGGAGACUCCACCCCCUUGUACGAUGAAAAUUAAGAAAGACUGACGGCCGAGAGUUGGAUUUUUAUUUUUGUACCGCGCACGGGACUGUGCGCAGAUGAAAGCGGAGAACGCCCGCUUUAUCGCCUCUAGCUAAUUACGAAUCGAAUGUAAUAUCAGAAUUGCUGAUUGAUUAAGGUAAUAGGUAACUCAAUUGAAAUCUUAUUUUUAAAGCGUGAUUGAAAUUUUAUGUAUACAUAAGCGAUAUGUACUCCUUCAAAUCUAUUGUAUAUUUACUCAAUCUUUUUGUUGUGCUUAUACACGAUUGUGCAUUAUUUAUUGACUGACAAAUACAUUGCUUAGUUCCAAAUACAUUGGUUGAAAUUUAUAAACUCCCAUAUAAGCGAAGUUGUUCCAAUAAGCCUAGAAAUUAUUGAUAUUUUUUAUGUGUGUCUAACGCCCUGGUUUUAAUGUUUCACUUCCUUUUAGUUCUAGUUAUCUAAGCUGAAAAUGUCCUUACUCUGUCAACACAAACGCACUUACAGGCUGUAAAAUUCGCUUAUGUGGAAAUUAUAAUGUACUUAAGGUACUACUUUUUUUUUAAUAAUAUAGAAUUUUUUAUUAUUUAGAGAAAUUGGAUGACCAUAAAAUUCAAUAGCAUCAUGCCUUAGGGAUGGUUAGUGAAGACACAACUGUUCUGUAACGUAAAUAAACAAUUAUGACAAGCCAAUAACCUGUUUUAUUUUUAGAAGUGUGGAAUUAGUAGGUA